AUGCAGCUGUUGACUGCAGUAAGUCCGCAGUCACUCUCGACUCCAAGCUGGAAGAUCGAGACCAAGUAUUCAACCAGAGUGCUCAUUGGAAACUGGGUGGAAGAGAGGAGGAAGUUCACCAAAGCCACGGAGAAAACACCCCAGUGCAUUUACAGAAAAGAGUACGUGCCCUUCCCGGGCCACAGACCGGACCAGAUCUCCAGGUGGUACGGCAAGAGGAGAAUUGAGGGGCUCCCGUACAAACACCUGAUCACCCACCACCAAGAGCCCUCGCACUGCCAUCUGAUCAGCACGUACGAUGACCAUUACAACCGGCAUAAUUAUAACCCGGGCCUGCCCCCACGCCGCACCUGGAAUGGACACAAGUUGCUGUGGCUCCCAGAGAAAGCCGACUUCCCCCUUCUCGCUCCCCCUACGAACUACGGACUCCACGAGCGGCUGAAGCAGAGAUGGCUCAAACCCGUGGCUGGCCCGAGGGAGCCUGUUUACAUCUCCUCCUACCCCAGACCACCUUUGUGUGCCUUGUCACAGCGGGAGCAUGCCAUCCCGGUCCCCCCCCCUCGCCUGCACCCUGUCCCACACUUCUGA